AUUCGAAACCUUUGUUCUUGAUCCGAGAACGCGUUCGUAAUUAAAUUCUCAGUUCUCGAACGCCAAGAACACAACUCAGGAACGGGUUCGCGAUUCAAGAAUAUACACCACCACGCUAGGUAGUGUGAAACAAGAACAAGAUGGCGGGAAAAGGUAGUCGUACAAAAAAAGCUAUGGAUCAGGAGGAGGAGAUUUUUACCAUAAGUUUAUUAGACACAACAGACCAAUUGGAGUAUGAAUGUGAUGUAACAAAGGAAGUUUUCCUGCUUCUUCAGACAGAUGCACAAGCAAGAGAGGAAUUCCUCCAGAGUAUGAAAGCAGAUGGGCUAAAACCAGUCGACAAGUCCAAACAAGCUCUGGAUGAAAAACAUGCUGAAGUCGACAAGUCCAAACAAGCUCUGGAUGAAAAACAUGUUGAAGAGAACGAGCAAUUACCAAAAACCUGGGCAAGAAAAGAAACGGAUAUGCUGGUCGCUCUCCGUAUGGAGAAAGAUGAGGAGUUCAGGAAAAGCAAAGUCCAUCAGAGAAUAUGGAACAAUAUUGCAGCAGAAAUGACCCAGAAAGGCUAUAAAGUGAAUGGUCAAAAAGCGGCAAAUAAAUGGAAGUCUUUAAAAAGAUCAUAUAUGGAGGUGAUUGACCACAAUUCCAAAAGUGGGAAUGAUGCAAAGACUGUGCCAUAUAUGACCGAUUUCAAUAUGUUAUAUGGAAACAAACCAUCAACCAAGCCAGCUUACACUCUGCAUUCAUCUGGAUCCGGAUCAGCAACCAGUUCUUCUGAAACAAAACUUAAACCAGAA